AAGAGAAAUUAAUGUCCCCCAAAAAUCAGAUUCGGACAAUCUUCAUUCUUCUUCUUCUCCUUCUUCUUCUUCCCCAAAACUAAAAUAUUAAAUUUUCCUUCCUUCUUCUUCCUCUGUCCCAUAGAUUCUUCUCUCUCUUUCCUUCAAUCUACGCUUCUUCUUCUGAAUUGUUUUUUUUUUUCUUUUGUUGUUUAUUUAAAAAUCUGAAAAAGAGAGUUAAGAAAAAAAAAAGAACAACUUGGUGGUGUUCUAGAUGUUGUUGUCUUCUCAUGGGUUCUUCUUCUUCGUUUUCUGAGCUCUCCAACAUAUAAAAAUCUCCACAUGCAGCUUUAAGAAUUAACAAGGAGGAGAAGAAGAAGAAAUGGAAUCUCUACUCGAAGAAGAAGAAGAAUCUCGAUUUUUCGAUGCUCACGAAGACAUCACGACGUCCUGUUCCAGUGUCGACUACGAUGGAUCUCAACCGUUGGUUUCUGGUGGGUUUCAGUACGAUGUUUGGAUCAAAAGCCCUGGUAACCCUGUCGAGCGUCGUCAGAAGUUUUUGAACUGGAUGGGUUUGACUACUACUACUACUACUUCUACUACUGUUGUGAGCGAAACAGAGAGAUCAGGUAAUAAUAAUGUGGAUCGUUUCUCGACCUCUGUUAACGGAUCAUCAGCGGUUUUGAGGACUUUGAAAUCUUCUUCUGAUGAUGAUGAGUUUAGCUCUUGUCGUUGUGAUUCCUCUCUGCUUAGUUCCAGUGAGAGUGUAGAUAGAGUUGUGAAUGAGACUUUGUGUAAAGCGGAAGAUGAACAAGAAGAAGUAGAUAGUGGAAUGGUUUUGAGGAAUUUGGAUGUUGACGAUAAUGAUAUUAGCUCUAGUCUUUGUUCUGGAUCAUCUGGUGUAACGGACAAGGUUGUGAAGGUUAAUGGUGAAGUUAUUGAAUCCAAGUUGUUACCAAACCCGAUGGUUUCGUCUGAGGUUGUUCGGGAUGUAGGUGGGAUUAUGAAGAGGGUUAAGGAGAAAUGGUUAGGUCGGCUGUAUAGAGUGCGGAAUAAGCAAAGAGAAGGAGAUGUUCACGGUGGUGAAGUUGCGGUUUACGGGAGUAGGGUCGAGAGGGUCAAGGUGAAAGAGUAUAAGAAAGAGGCUAAAGAGCUUUCUGCUCUUUUUAAAGGUCAAGAGAUACAAGCUCAUCGAGGACCUAUUCUUGCUAUGAAGUUUAGUCCUGAUGGGAGGUACCUUGCAAGUGCUGGUGAAGACGGGGUUUUACGGGUUUGGAGUGUUGUUGAAGAUGAAAGAUGUGAAGAACAAGAUGUACCUAAGAUUGAUCCUUCUUGUAUAUACUUUGAAGUGAGCAAACUCUCUGAGUUGAGACCUGUGGCUAUAGAAAAAGAGGGCAUUACUGGUUCGUUGAUGAGUCCAAGGAAGACAACAGAGUCCGCUUGUGUUAUUAUUCCCCCAAGGAUUUUCCGGGUUCUUGAUAAACCAGUUCACGAGUUUUUCGGUCACAUUGGUGAUAUCCUUGAUAUCUCAUGGUCCAAGAACAAUCGUCUGUUGUCAGCUUCAGUAGACAAUAGUGUGCGGCUUUGGCAGAUUGGUCAUGAGGACUGUCUUGGAAUCUUCUCUCACAAUAACUAUGUGACAUCAGUUCAGUUCAACCCGGUUGAUGAUGAUCACUUCAUCAGCGGUUCAAUAGAUGGAAAAGUUCGUAUCUGGUCAGCUUCUCAGUGCCAAGUUGUAGAUUGGGCAGACGCUAGAGGCAUUGUAACCGCAGUUUGUUAUCGCCCAGACGGACAGGGAGUGAUUGUCGGAACUUUGACUAGCGAUUGUCGAUUCUACAAUGUAUCAGGCAACUGCCUUCAGCUCGAUGGUCAUAUAUGUCUGCAUAACAAAAAGAAAUCGUCAAAUAAACGAAUAAUCGGGUUUCAGUUUGAUUCAACUGAUCCAAGCAGAGUCAUGGUGGCGUCCGCAGAUUCACAAGUCAGGAUCAUUAGCGGACGCAACGUUGUCCAUAAAUACAAAGGAUCUCGAAACACCGGAAACCAGAUAUCGGCAUCUUUUACAGCAGACGGGAAGCAUAUCGUAUCAGCGUGUGACGAUUCAUCAGUCUACGUAUGGAACUGCGUUGGAAAGGAUCCCCAACAGCCGUCUACUGGUUUCUUCUCCUACACGAAACGACUAAAGAUCAGAUCCUUUGAGAAAUUCUCUGCAGAUGUUUCAGUAGCUAUCCCGUGGUGCGGUUUUGCCCCUGUAAUCUCGGGUGGAUCCGAGCUAUCACCAUCACUGUUCUCGUUAGGGCGCGAGUACGUUCUAGAUUCUCCUAAAGGAUCUGCUACUUGGCCUGAGGAGAAGCUAGCGAGCUCGUUUUCUCCGGUCAAGGCCAUCCGAAGAUCGCAUUACAAAUUCCUAAGAUCGUCGUGCAGAAGAACCUCGGAGUCAUCUCAUCUCUGGGGAUUGGUUAUAGUCACGGGCGGGUGGGAUGGACGAAUCAGAUUGUUUCAUAACUAUGGUUUGCCUGUUCCCGUUUGAAAUCCCAACGGCUAACGAAACCCUCCUUGUCAAAACAUUGCCGUAUAAACUCGGCAGCCAUCUGUUUUUUGGAGUUUUCUACGGGCCUAAGUUUGACCCUAUACCACGUUGGACCCGGUGGUUUGUAGCUGAGUGUCACCUGGUUCGGACCUAGCCAGGAGCUGAAGAAGGUUCGAAAUUGCUUCUUCAGGCGUAGGGAAACGAAAAGAGAAAAAAGGGUUUACUCAGAUUUUUUGCCUUUUUUUUUAAUCGUAAAAAUUAUUAGUAUUAUAGUUAUACUUGUUUUUUUGUUCCUGUAAGUAAUAAUAAUAUAUAGGGAAAUGUAACUGAGUCCUGUUUUUCGUGUAAAUGCCAUGGUUUUUUCUCCACUACAAUAUUUUUUUGGUAAA